AGGUAAGAGCUGGAGCUGGUUAACGGAGGAGGACAGAUCCCUACCUGCGGUUUAUAGAGUGAUAACAUCCGGAGAUCAUAUUCAGCAACAUAAUAUACACACAAGGUCCUUUGAGAGUGGUUUGUAAAGCUGCAUUGUUAUGGCGGCAGCCUGCCAGUUUUUUCGGCUAAUCCGUGGCAGGGAGUUGGGUCGGUUUUGGGCGCCUUCUGUUCUGUGCCAAAAUUGCUGCCUUUUUCAUCACCCCUGCCAUGGUGCAUACCAACCACUUGCAAAUUCAGACUCACGGUGGAACCAGUCACGAGCCUAUAGGACUUCAAUUGCACGGCCCACCUACUACCUUACACCACCUCAGGUCAACAGCAUCCUGAAGGCCAAUGAGUACAGCUUUAAAGUGCCAGAGUUUGAUGGCAAGAACCUCAGCUCAGUCAUGGGCUUCGAAAGCAACCAACUUCCUGCCAAUGCGCCCAUCGAGGACAGGCGAAGUGCAGCCACCUGCCUGCAGACUCGUGGCAUGCUUUAUGGUGUAUUUGACGGACAUGCAGGUUGUGCUUGUGCCCAGGCACUCAGUGAGAGACUCUUCUACUACAUUGCUGUCUCCAUGCUGCCACACGAGACUUUAGUCGAGCUGGAGAAUGCAGUGGAAAGUGGACGCCCUCUUCAGCCCAUACUGCAGUGGCACAAGCACCCCAAUGAUUACUUUAGUCGUGAGGCUUCAAGCUUGUACUUUAACAGCCUGCGCACGUAUUGGCAGGAGCUGCUGGACCUGAGCACACCCGGAGAGAAGCCUGAUGUUUCUGAGGCACUGGUGAACGCCUUCAAAAGACUAGACAAUGAUAUUUCCCUGGAGGCGCAGGUGGGAGACCCCAAUGCCUUCUUGCACUACUGGGUGCUGCGUGUGGCCUUCUCUGGAGCUACAGCUUGCGUGGCACAUGUGGACGGAAAUGAUCUACAUAUAGCCAAUACAGGUGAUGGCCGAGCAGUGCUGGGUGUACAGGAACCUGAUGGAUCCUUCUCAGCGAUGACCCUCUCCAAUGACCAUAAUGCACAGAACGAGUCAGAGGUGAUGCGAGUGAGGUCCGAACACCCACGCUCCGAGACCAAGACUGUGGUGAAACAGGACCGCUUACUGGGCUUGCUCAUGCCCUUCCGGGCCUUCGGUGAUGUCAAGUUCAAGUGGAGCAUCGAGCUGCAGCGGCGUGUGCUGGAGUCCGGUCCGGACCAGCUGCACGAAAACGAGCACGCCAAGUUCAUACCACCCAACUACCACACGCCCCCUUACCUGACAGCAGAGCCAGAGAUCACCCGGCAUCGGCUGAGGCCUCAGGACCGCUUCCUGGUCAUUGGUUCAGAUGGUCUGUGGGAGACGCUGCACCGGCAGGAAGUGGUACGCAUCGUGGGUGAGUACCUGACUGGUGUCCACCAGCAGCAGCCCAUCAGCGUGGGUGGCUACAAGGUGACCCUGGGCCAGAUGCAGGGGCUGCUGCAGGAGAGGAAGGCCCGCGUCUCCUCAACCUUUGAGGACCAGAACUCAGCCACUCACCUCAUCCGGCACGCCGUGGGCAGCAAUGAGUUCGGCACGGUGGAUCACGAGAGGCUCUCAAAGAUGCUCAGCUUACCAGAAGAACUGGCCCGCAUGUAUAGAGAUGAUAUUACUAUCAUUAUUGUGCAGUUUAAUCCACAUGUCAUUGGAUCACAGCAGAACUGAGCACAACCUUUUUUUAUUAGUGCUGUUUUGCUGUUAUUAUUUUUUUUCUGUUACACAGGCUGUUACUCGUGCAAUCGCUCACAAAUAGUUAUUUUAUUUGCUUUGGCUGUGGGUUUCAGUUCUGGUCCUGGAUUACUCUCGUCUUGCACAUUUUAGGGUUUGCAUCAUUUACUUAACCCUCUGGAGAAAACACAAUGUAUAGGCCAAGGGUUCUCCAGAAACAGGGUUGAAAGUCCCUGUUCUCAUUAAUCUAAGGCUAUGCAGCAUCUAAUGAGUGAUGUUUUCUAACCCAAAACCCCUCUCGCACAGUAUAUUCAUUCUGCCUGACAUUAUGAGGUCAUUAGGUGGGCAAAAACUAUACACAACUGCAUGCAUGCAAAAAAAUCAGUCUAUUUAGUUGCUGCACCAAGUUAUGUGAAAGCAGGGCUAUUGUGAUAUCUUUAUGGAACAUUUAGGUUCUAACAUAUUAUAUAACAUUAAGCAGUUGCCUAAAGCAACAUUUAUUUAAUAUGUAGCCAGCAGUGGCAUGGCCGUAGAUUAGUUUGCACAAAAGAGUAUUAAAAGUUUUUGGAACAUCCAACUUGCCAUCUUUCUAGUAAUCUUUAGGUAUAAAAUACUCAGUGCACGUAAGUAACCUUGACUCAGUGGCACGCUGAAUUAUGUGUUUCAUUGCUAACUACCACAAUGUUUUACUUUUUUAAAAUCUAGGUUUGUUGGUACCUGAAGCCUUAGCUGUUCUAAAAAGGUGGCAACAGUAUAAUGAAAUGGAAUAUUUUUUUAAAUCUUUUUUAAACUGGUCACGCAGUUUAAUAAAUAGUUCAUCUCUUA